CAGGACCGUGCCCGUGGCUGCUUUCGCAGGGCAGCACAGGCUUGUCUGACAUCCCUAGCCAUUCGGCGUAGAAAGACCAGGAUCAUGCCAGCUGAGGUCAUAGCACAGCCUGACCCCACGCCGAGUGAGCUCAAGCCAGACCCUGAUGUCGGCACCGUGUCAGCUGAUGGCACAGGAAACUGUGACAGCGCGGUGACCAAUGACGGGACCAACUCCAACACCGCACUGCCUGAGCUCACCGCAGAGGCUGACGGUGCAACAACUGAGGGCGUCGCAGACACUGAGAGCACACCCGUGCAGUGCCUGUCCGAUGCUCCCAGUUGGGACGUUCUUGGGGACGGAGUUGUCUCUGUUCAAGAAGCCAUGGAGCCACACAGAGGCAUGGAGCAGAGACCUCCCAGCGUGCCCAAGCAGGCCUGGGUGAAGGAGGAGGAGGAGGAAAGCCCUGGGCCUGCCCCAGCACAGCAGCCUGCAGAGGUGGAGCAGUCCCAGCCCCUGCAGGAGGAUCCAGGCCGGGACAGCGGUGCGGACACCAACAGCAGGCCCACUCAGAGCGGGAAUGAUGCUCCCCCUCAGGAUGUUUCUGAGGAGAAUGGUGUCUCUGAUGCAAAGCAAGUUCCAGCCUUCGUCAGGAACGUGCACCAGAGACUGACAGGCAGUGCGACUCCAGAAGAAAAGCUGCUGUUGGACUUUCUGAGGGUGACUGAUGAACACCCUGCUGAUGCUGUGGUGACCCUCCUGCACUGUGCCCCAUCAUGUGACAGAGCUGCUGCCAUCAUGUGGAGAACCAUCACCUCAUCGGGAAGGACAGUGGUGAAGGUGCUGCCACAGCUGCUCUGUGUGAUGGAGGACUGGCCACUGCACAGCAUGUCCGCCUCUGACGGGGACAAAACGGAUGUCUUUGCACUGGCUGCAACCAGGGUGAUCUGGGAGAUUCUGCAAAUGUUCCGGUUCCCAGAGUCAUGGAUAGAGUAUUCCCCCCAUCUCCUCGUGGCUCUGCUCUUCCAAAUUCUCGUCAGCACAGAGCAGACGCCAGAGGAGGUCAACACCUUCUGGAGGGGAUGCCGGCAGCAACACAACCUUCCCACCGAGCCCAACAGGUUUGCGUUGCUGACCCUGAAGGCCCUGCUUUGCCAUCUGGAGUGUGAGGAAGUUGUGGUUUCAAUGGAACGCAAGUGCGGCUGGGACACGCUCCUCAGCGCUGACACCCACCACUACGCGGUGGGUCUGCUGGCCAGGGAGAUGAGCCGUGUCUCCGGCCCCUUGUGUUCCCGGAUCACACUCCACCUGCUGGAGCUGCUGAGCAGGGAGGAGCCCCACUUGGAGCUCCUCACCCUGGCAUUCCUUGUGGAGGUGCCUGGACAUGAGUGACUGGGGAGAGAGCAUUCUGCAGAGCCUUUCAAGGCACCUCCGGAGUGGGUGCCCAGAGAGGCGGCGCCUGGCGCUCCGAGGCCUCCUGGUGCUGAGCCAGGA